UCUGUUUUAUCCCACUCUAUCUCGUCCUCUCUUUUCUGUUGGUGCUGAACGGUUCCUGUUGUGUUUUCUUUGUUAUAUCUCUUCUUCUAUCACAGCUCCAUUAUAUCCACUUCAGGCUCACAUUCACAUUCUUAUCUUGUUCUUAUAUAUCGGUUUCUAUCUCGAGUCUCUCAGAUCUCGUCCUCGACCUAUUCUCCAGAUAUCCACAUCCCAUCCCACAAUUAUACAUGUUAUAAUAUUCUCUCAAUAAGCCCCAUCUUUCUAUUUUUAUUUUAUCCAUUCCUUUUUGUCUUGUUGUAUUUCUUCCUCCCUUUUAUAGUAUAAAACUGCAAUAUCAUUGUAUUAUAUUAUAUUCUACUAUAUUAUAUCAUCAGCCAUUAAUCCUCUCUUUUCCAUCGUCUCAAUAGUUUCAAUACUUCCAAUACUUCCAUACCUCCAAUACACCACAAAUGUCUUUCACUCUGCUGACAAAACUAUUCUUUUUGUUUCUAUGGAAUGUCUGCUUUCAAUCCACUUUUGCUUUGGCUUCAGUGCUCCCACUACCCACUUUGCUACUAGGCUCCACCAAUGGCCAAGUUCUAUAUUCUAACAUGAAAUUCGGCUUCAACAAUCAGUAUAUCAGAUUAAGAAUAGAUUUAACUCACCCCAAUGCCUGGAUCUUCGAUAGCAGCCAUUACAACAUUUGUGAAUCCUUAUCAAUCACUCCAACUUCAACCUCAUCUUUCCAGUCAACUCUAAUAACUUCCCUAGUAAAUUCUCAAUCUCCAACCCAAACUACCUCUUCUGCCUCCACAUCUCAAUCGGUUUUCUCAUCCUGUAUCAAUUAUCCUGGUGGUUUAGAUAAAUCAAACUCUUCUUCCUUCAACUACGUAAGCCAGUAUUACAAUUCAACCGACGAAUCAUAUAACGAUUAUUCUUACACCUUUCAAUCUUUUAUGGCCCUCAAUAGUGUGGCGUAUAAUGGCAAAUUGGCAACUGAUAUCAUAAACUUCCCCUACAUAAUACCCACUUCGAAUAAUUAUGAUAACAAUGGUGAUGAUGAUGAUGACAAUGAUGAAGAAGAAAAAGAUGAUGAUGAUUAUAAUAACAACGACAGUGAUAACAGAAACUUCAGUGCCGAUACUUCAAGCGAAGACGCCAACCAAGUCUUUAGUGUCUCCAUCAAUAACCAAAAAAACAACUCGUAUUCUUCAAAUGACUUCCUAUUCCUAUUCUCAAAUUAUUCAACUGUAAGAACCGCAGGUUUAGGUCUAAGUGCCCCUUAUUCAAACCAGUUUUCUUUUAAAGAUAACCAACUACUAAACAAUUCCCCAGAUCCUUAUUUCAUCAAUUAUUUAAAAUCCUCAAAUUUAAUCAACUCUUCCUCCUUCUCCCUACUCUAUAACAGCUUUGAGUCAAUGACCACCGACGAGAACAAUCAUGAUCAGAAUAACAACAACUCACUAACCUUCAACUCAAAUGAUACUUUUAUAACAAAAUAUAACAAAAGAAGAUCCCUCUUCAACUCAACAAAUUCUGGCCUACUAAUCCUCGGCGGUUAUAAUAAAAACCUAUUUAUGGGUGACUUAAUCUCCUUCAACUUCAUCCCAUACAUCGGCUGUCUUUAUAAUACCGAUAAUAACGAAUACAACGACAAUGACCAAAACUAUUUGGCUGACUCAAACUUGCCCAUCUUGCCCUUGACUGGAAUGUCCGUAACAAACGAUGAUAACACUUCCUUCUGGAUCUCAAAUGAAAACUUCCUUUCCCCUGUAGUACUAGACUCAAGAGUCCUCUAUAAUUAUUUGCCAAUAGAACUAAUCAUCCAAUUAGCUAUCCAAUUAGAUGCCUACUACGUUCUUGACUCCUCAAAUAAUUACGAAUGGCUAAUGAAAUGCUCCGUUGGUGAUAUCAAUGCAACUGUGGAUUUCAUCUUUGGAAACUUGACCAUAAAAAUCCCAAUCUAUGAAUUAAUUGAACCUGCUUAUGAUUCGUCUUCCAACAGCAUUCUAACUUUUAGCUCAACUAACCAACAAGCUUGUUCUUUAAAAUUUAGACCUUCAUAUGAAAGUGGCUACUCAAUCCUAGGUGUCCCCUUUCUAAAAUAUAUUUACUUGGUAGUAGACCAAGAAAAUCGUCAACUAGCCAUGGCCCAAUCAAAAUCAAACAUAGAUUUCCUAAUAUCAAACUUGGAUUAUGAAUCAAAUAUAAACCAAAUGGUUACCAUCAAUUCAACCUCAAAUCAAAUCUUAAUACCUUCUGCCAAAAAUAACAAUAUAACCGCUUACGACUCAUCCUUAAGCUCAACUGCUGAUUUUUAUAACCAAUUAACUCUAACUGUUCAAAACGUAACUUCUCCUGGUGCUGUGUCUGUUAGAUACGGUGAUGAAGUUGUUAGCAUAAUCAGUGGCAAAAUCUUCACUCAAGGUGAAAAUCCUUCUUCUGAUCCAAAUCCUCUGACAACAGCAAAUACCUCAGAAACUUCUUCAAAUUUAGCAAUAAACCAUACUUAUAAUAAAUAUAAUAAUAUUGUCCUAUACAUGAUAAUAUCCUCAUUGUCAUUAUUUAUAAGUUUUAUCUUAUAAAUUUAAUUAAAAAGAAAUUAUAUCCAAUUUAUAUUGAAAUUAUAUCCAAAUCAAAC